AUGCAGGUCCCGGAAAGCUCGGCGGCCUCAACACCGUCGCCACAGUCCGUUGCCCCGCGUGCGAAGCCGCCGCCCCGUGCUCCGAGAGAGGACGAGUACGCCUUGCCGGUCCUCAGUGAAAAGGAGAAGAAGAGCUACGGGAACUUCUGGCAACGCUACAGGAGACACUGUGAGCCCAGGGACACCGAGCCCGGCGACACCGACCCCAAGUCCGGCCACGGUGUUGUCGACUCUUACGGAAACUCAGCUUGCGAGACACGCAGCAGCUGCCCAACAGUCCCAGGUGCAAGAGACGGUUCCUGCAACGGUUCCUGCGACGGCCGAAGAGCUCGCGGGAGCCGGACUGGCAGCAGGGGUCCCAACAGUUCCGACUCCUACGUUGCCUGCACCAACAGCUCCGGCAGCAACACCUGUGCUGGCACCAGCAGUGCCAACGGUUCCGACUCCUACGUUGCCAGCAGCAGCCGUGCCACAGAGUGCCACGGAAGGUCCGACCCCUACGUUCCCUGCGCCAGCUCCGGCAGCAGCGGUGCCAACACCAGUGACAGCGAGCCCGGGCACAGUUCCGAGUCAGACGUUGCCUGCACCAGCUCCAGCAGCAGCUGUGCCGACACCAGUGACAGCGAGCCCG